ACAUGGCUGCAUUUGCGGAACUAUUAAAGCUUUCAUCAUUCAUCAUUUUUGCAGCUUUACUCGUGAUUUCUUUAUUGACACUUAAUUUGUUGCGUACGAAGAACGUGAAAUACCCACCGAUUAUCAAAGGAUGGAUUCCUUGGCUCGGAUGUGCGAUCGAGUUUGGAAAAGCACCGCUGACUUUCAUCAAAGAAUCCAGCGAAAAGCAUGGCGAGGUCUUCACAUUUUAUGCAAUUGGUCAGCGAAUGACAUUUUUGACUGAUGUCCGAGAUUUCCAUUUAUUUUUUAACUCUCCUCAAGCAGACUUCCAGCGAGCCGUCGAAGAUGCAGUGAAGAACACGGCGGGAAUCAACAGGGUGGAUUUCUUUGCUAAUCAUCGUAAAAUUCAUGAUUUAGUCAAAGGAAGGCUGUCCUCUUCUAACUUGAGCAAAUUAACUCCAAAAGUUGGUCGGAAACUAGAAGAAUAUGCAACAAGUGCAAAAAUUACUGGCUCUGAAGUUGAUUUGAUGACUUUGGCUCGUGACAUUGUGUUCAGUGCAGUUGUACCUGUCCUGUUUGGUGAGGGAAUUCUUCCUCAAACUCAUCAAGAAUUUAAACACUUUCAGAAACAAUUUGAUCAGUUUGAUAGUAAUUUUGAGCAUGGUGCCAAGCUACCAGAUUUUUUGUUAAAAGAAUGGGCAAAAUCAAAAUACUUUCUGUUGGAUGUGUUUGGCAAGGCACUGCAAAAGAAGACUUAUGCAAAUGUAGAGGACACAUUACUUCAAGCCAUGGUUGAAUCACUGGAAGGUGAUUGUGCACCAAAUUAUGCAACUCUACUGCUCUGGGCAUCCCUUGCAAAUGCAGUGCCAAUCACAUUUUGGACUUUGGCUUUUGUACUGAGUGAUCAAGGCAUUAAAAAGGAUCUCCAACAGGAGGUUGAUCUUGUACUAGGGCCAUACAUUGACAGUGGGUCGUUGGCGAAACUUUCUUUGGAAGAAGUUAAGAAAUUGCGCAAGGUGGAGCACUGUAUUUUGGAAGCCAUUCGCCUGCGUCCAGCAGGAAUGAUUGCUCGCAAACUUACAGGACCCAUGCAAGUUCGUGAAUUUACAAUUCCAGCAGGUGAUAUGCUUAUGAUUUCACCUUAUUGGGCGCAUCAAAACGAAGCCAUCUAUCCUGAUGCAAGAUCCUACGUUCCAGAACGCUGGAAUCAGACUGUAGGCUCAGAUAAAUCUGCCCCCUCUGACAAAUUCUUUGCGUUUGGCGGCGGUCGCUUUCAGUGUCCAGGUCGUCGGUUUGCCAUGAUGGAAAUACAAAUGUUUAUAUCUCUUCUUCUUUGUAGUUUUGACCUAGAGUUAGUGAAGGAAGAGGUUCCUUUGCCGUCUCCGCAACAUGUCGUGGGCGUUCCGCACCCUUUAUCGCCUUGUUACGUGAAGAUGCACAAGAGAGUUAGAACUGUUUGAUAACUAUUCAUGGACAGUUUAUUGUUUAUAGGAAAGAAACAAAACAUUUCUUUUCGCGAAAGUUCGUGGUUUUGUAUGCUCCAAUUGACCCAGACUUUAUAAGCGAAAAACUAACAUAUUUAUAUCAAUUCAUCCUGUUUUACACCCAGGCCAGUGUCAAAAGUGUUUGUUUCAUGCAUAUUUUUUGUCGUUGUUUUAUUUUUCAUCGGGCUGGGACGGGGAAGGGUAGUGGAACCUUCUCUUGGUGUUUGGGGGCAUUACAUUUCCCCUCCAGUGAAAUAGCUUGUUUCGCUUUAAGCCUAAUUAACAACGACUUCAGGACAAUAUACAAAGUGUGACUAGUAAGUCUCCCGUUUUGAAGGUUGUAAACAGGCGCGUUACUUGUCAUAGGACUUACAUAAAAUUACAUUUUAAUGAAAACUAUUCUUAUAAAUCUUUUACCGAAAACGCUCAAGUAUGUGCCUUGUCGAGAGCUUCAAGUUUCUAGUAAACUAGAUCUAGCCUCUCCUAAUUUCCCCAAAUGAAAACGCUCCCGUAAAAGCUAAUGGCAAAAUGACACUGCGAUAAAAAUGUUUUGCGGUUGUUCAAAUCCUUUUAUUUUGAAACGAUAAUUGUUAAAGCUGUAAAGCUUGUGGGGUCGUUUAUUUAAAGAGCUAGUGUGUCAAUGGACUAACGAAAGGUUACGAUUUGUCCAAAACCUAAGAUGUACAGCCAUUUCGAGAAAGGUAAAGUUUACUAACUUUCAUGCAAAUUACAGUAUUUCUAGGGAUUAACUUAAUAGGUGUUAUGUGUAAAUAAAAUCU